UUUGACGGUGUUUUCCUGAUUGCGUGCAGUUUGUCUCUGGUGAAGGCGGGAAUGGAAAGGUGAAAGAAAAUGAUGAUUUCAUCUCUGCAUAUAUUGACGUUGUGGGCGGUGAGCGCCGUGAUCAACCUGAGCCAGGCCGCGCGUGUACUGUACCUCCCAUUCCCUCAGUACAGUCACGUCCAGUCCCUCUGCUGGGUCACAGAGGAACUGCGCAAGUAUGGUCACGAAUUAUGGGUUGCCUAUCCGGGUGCCCUCGGGUCGCAAGGCGUCCUUAGAAAUAGUAGUCUCAACCUCAUCAAAAUGGAAGCACUGGGAGAUUAUGACGCUGACAAGAAGAUUAAUGGCUAUCUCAUGGACGCAUACCUUUACCCAGACAAGCCGGCAAUACCAAAUCCCAAAUCUCCCACAGAUUACCUUCAUCUGCUAAUAGACAAGCUUAUAAAAUACAUGGACAGAAGGGCUCCACCUAUAUCGUUCUUCACAACCUUGAGAGAACUCAAUCACAUUGUUUUAACCGAUGUUACCUUUUUUGAGAAUAUAAAAGCCAAAAAGUUCGAUUUGGCAAUCGUGGACGGAAUUGUUGGUUUGGCCUAUACGAUCAUCCCAUACAGGUUAAAUGUUCCUUUUUGCUACAUCAGCAUUGUUCAGGAUUCAUGGCGGUCAGGGACACCCUUCCUUCCCUCAUUUGUUCCCUUCACCGGCUUGGGUGAAACGCCAGAGAUGACAUUCAUGCAAAGACUUGCAAAUACUUUGAUUCACUUGUUUGCUUCCAACUUUAGACCUCAUGUAUCUGAGACUGAUGUGUCAAAAUAUGCGCCAGAGAAACCUUACGUCCCUUUCAGUCGUCUUAUGGAGCAGGCACAGCUAUGGUUCAUCGAGCAGGAUGUUGUUGCUGAUUACCCUAGACCCCUCAUGCCCAACUCGAAACUGGUGGGUGGACUAUCAACACGGAAUGCACAACCUUUAUCAGGAAAGUUCCACGAUUUCUAUAGGAAGUCUCAGCACGGAGUAGUUGUAGUGUCCUUUGGGGGAAGUCUGAGUGAGCUCCCCCAGCACCUCUCUAACAAACUUUUGAAAGCAUUUUCCAUGACAAAGUAUGACUUUGUAUGGAGAUCUAAUGUCAAAACCAAUUCCUCAAAGUUUUUGAUUUCUAAAUGGUUUCCUCAAAACGAUCUACUUGGCCAUUCGAAAACCAAACUGUUCAUUUCCCAUUGCGGUUCUAACGGACAGUAUGAGGCUAUAUACAACGGCGUACCCUUACUUGGAGUUCCAAUCUUUUCAGACCAACCAUACAACGUUAAGCGAUUAGUGAGCAAGGGCUGGGGCCUUGGACUCGACUUACAUUAUGCUACAGAAAGCGACUUUGCAUCGGCUAUAAACCUGGUGAUUGAAAACAAAUCUUACAAAGAAAACAUUCAAAAAUCGUCAAGGAUAUUCCGAGACAGACCAUUAAAUCCUCGACAGGAAGUAGCCUACUGGAUUGAUCAUGUGAUCAAAUAUGGCGACUCUCACAUCCGUUCUCCUGGACUUGAUCUUUCCUGGUAUCAGUUUUUAUGCAUGGACAUCUUGCUCGUGGUCCUGGUAAUAACUCUCAUAUUCAUAUCGGUUUUUGUUUCGAUUGUAUAUAUUUUGUUCAAAUGGAUACAUGUUCACACUUUUUUUUCAGGAAAACCGAUAUUAGACUGA